AUGAAGUUAUGCGUUGAUGGACUUCUUGUUUAUUUUCCAUACGAUUAUAUUUAUCCUGAGCAAUAUGCUUAUAUGAUUGAAUUGAAAAAAGGUUUGGAUGCUAAAGGACAUUGUUUACUGGAAAUGCCUUCAGGGACAGGAAAAACAACAACAUUGUUAUCAUUGGUUGUUUCGUACAUGUUAACAUAUCCUUUGGAUGUCACAAAAUUAAUUUACUGUUCAAGAACUGUUCCAGAAAUAGAAAAAGUUGUCGAAGAAUUAAGACUUUUGUUUAAAUACAUAGAACAAGAAACUGGAAAAGCUACAAAAAUGCUCGGUUUAGUGAGCAAAGAAAGAGAAGGAAAAGUAGUCGAUGGACGAUGUCACAGUUUAACUGCAUCAUACAUCAGAGAGCAACAUAGAUAUAAUAAAAGUGUACCAAUUUGUGAUUUUUAUGAAGGUUUCGAUUGUUUUGGAAGAGAGGAUUCGGUAAUGCCGGGAGCUUACAGUAUUGAUGAUAUAAAAAAUUAUGCUCAAACCAAAGGUUACUGUCCAUAUUUUCUUGCUAGGCAUUUAAUUGCACAAGCCAAUAUUAUAGUUUACAGUUACCAUUAUUUAUUAGAUCCUAAAAUAGCAAAUGUUGUAUCAAAAGAAUUAACAAAAACUGCUGUCGUGGUAUUCGAUGAAGCUCACAAUAUAGAUAAUGUUUGUAUUGAUUCGAUGAGUGUAAAAAUUCAUAGGCGUACCAUUGAUAAAAGUACCCAAGCAAUUCAAAGACUGGAAAAAAAUAUUGCCGAAAUAAAGGAAUCUGAUGCCAAUAAAUUAAAAGAAGAAUAUAAUCGUUUGGUUGCUGGUUUAAGGGAAGCAGGAAUAGCCAGAGAAACAGAUUUAAUAUUAGCCAAUCCGGUUUUACCAGAAGAAAUUCUAACAGAAUCGAUACCAGGAAACAUUAGAAAUGCUGAACAUUUUAUUAGUUUUCUUAAAAGAUUUGUGGAAUAUUUGAAAACAAGAUUAAGAGUUCAACAUGUCGUACAAGAAUCACCUGCUUCAUUUUUAAAAGAUGUGUAUGGUAAAGUUUGUAUUGAAAGAAAACCGUUACGUUUUUGCGCCGAACGUUUGUCAUCAUUAUUGAGAACUUUGGAAAUUGCGGAUCAUACAGAUUUCACAUCUCUUGUACUCGUAACUCACUUGGCCACAUUGGUUUCUACAUACACAAAAGGUUUCACUAUCAUAAUUGAACCUUUUGACGAUAAGGCUCCCACUGUACCAAAUCCAAUAUUGCAUUUCUCGUGUCUCGAUUCCUCAAUAGCCAUGAAACCAGUUUUUGAUAGAUUUCAAAGUGUGGUCAUCACUUCAGGAACUCUUUCUCCAUUGGAUAUGUAUCCUAAAAUUUUAGAUUUUCAUCCGGUUAUCAUGGCUUCUUUUACAAUGACAUUAGCUAGACCUUGUUUGCUGCCAAUGAUUGUUUCUAAGGGUAAUGAUCAAGUGGCUAUUUCCUCACGUUUUGAAACAAGAGAAGAUGUCGCGGUCGUGAGAAAUUACGGUCAACUAUUGGUAGAAAUAAGUUCGGUCGUACCUGACGGUGUCGUUUGUUUUUUUACAUCUUACUUAUACCUGGAAUCAGUGGUCGCAAGUUGGUACGAUCAAGGGGUGCUUAAUAAUUUGCAAAAGCAUAAAUUACUAUUUAUAGAAACUCAAGAUGCUGCCGAGACAAGUUUAGCACUGCUUAAUUACAUAAAGGCAUGUGAAAGUGGUAGGGGAGCAGUGUUACUAUCAGUUGCCAGAGGAAAAGUAUCCGAAGGUGUAGAUUUUGAUCAUCACCUUGGCAGAGCCGUUUUAAUGUUUGGUAUUCCUUACGUGUACACUCAAUCACGUAUCCUUAGGGCGAGGCUGGAUUAUCUAAGGGAUCAGUUUCAAAUAAGGGAAAACGAUUUUCUUACGUUUGACGCAAUGCGUCACGCAGCUCAAUGCGUGGGAAGAGCUUUGAGAGGUAAAACAGACUACGGUAUAAUGAUUUUCGCAGAUAAGAGAUUUUCCAGGAAUGAUAAAAGAGGAAAACUUCCAAAAUGGAUACAGGAACAUUUAAAAGAUAAUUUAUGCAAUUUGUCAACGGAAGAAGCCGUACACAUGUGUAAAAUUUGGUUGAGGCAAAUGGCUCAAGAUUUUACUAAAAAAGAUCAAUUGGGAGUGUCACUUCUUACACUCGAACAACUCAACAACGAAGAAAUAUAUGAAAAGAUUCGACAACAAGCUCAUCAAAUAUAA